UGGACAAUCUUCGCUUGCCAAUAUAUACAGAGCUAAUGACAAGAUAUACAGAGGUAAGAAGCUUCUUUAGAAUGGCAUCUCUCAACAAAAUUUAAGGAAAGUAGGGAAAGGAAGAGCAAAAUGCUGCUGGACAGGGGAUCCAUUGAUUUGGUAUUGGUUCCAUCUGGUUUGGCCAUCUUGUUUGGCUACCAUCUCUUCCUCCUAUACCGAAUCCUGAGGUUCCCACACACUACUGUAAUCGGCUAUGAAAACCAUAACAAACGGGCAUGGGUCGAGCGGAUGUUGCAGAUGACUCCAGAGGAUACAGGACUAGCUCUGCAGGUGAUAUCGAGCAAUAUAUCGGCAUCGAGCAACCUGGCCUCUCUCUCCAUUGCCCUGAGCUCCAUCAUCGGGACAUGGGCAGGAAGCACCUCCAAAGUCUUCAUGACCGAAGUGAUCUAUGGCGACACAAGCCAAGCCACCUCUUCGGUGAAGUACAUUGCCCUCCUCAUCUGUUUCCUGGCGGCCUUCACUUGCUUCAUCCACUCCGCGAGGUACUUCGUCCAUGCCAGCUUCUUGAUGAGCACCCUGGACUCCGACAUACCCGUAAGCUUUGUCCAGACCGCAGUGAUAAGAGGUGGCAAUUUCUGGUCCAUGGGUCUGAGAGCAAUGUACUUUGCAACCACCUUGCUGCUGUGGAUUUUUGGACCGAUACCGAUGUUUCUUUGUUCAGUGUUCAUGGUGGUGAUCUUGCACUUCCUUGAUACCAGUUCCACACCAUUGCACCAGUAUCAGUUUUCUUCGAACAAAAGGUGGGUGAAAAGGGUAGACAGACCCCUGAGAAACAUUCAGUGCAACCCAUUGUACUCCCCAUCUUGGAAUAUUAGCUGACAUCUAAGGUGUUUCUGAAAUCAUUUGCACCCAAGAAUUGUUAGUUUCUCAAAAGCUCACUAGCCAAGAGAAGUGAAAGCAAAAUAAGAAAAGGUAUACACACCGCUGCAUUAGAGUAUAUCUAAUACAUUGUGCACGAAGAGACCAAAAUUCUCUUCUUGAAGUUGAUUUCUUGGUAAUUUACAGGCAUCAACUGAGAUUUGCUGCAUGUACUUGUUCUGGAUUUCACAGGAUGGCAAGACCCUUGAUAAGGUUUACUACAUUGUCCAUCAUCCUUCAGACCAGAUGUUGAGUUAAUUAAUGGAUACCUUUCCAUGAA